AUGCCACAUACUGUCGGACAGAGAGAUAUAACAGACAGGCUGAUAGCCAUGGGUUUCCCAGCGGAGAAGUUGGAGGGCGUGUACCGGAAUCACAUUGAUGAGGUGUACAGGUUUCUGGAGCAGAUGCACAAGGAUCACUACAAGAUAUAUAACCUCUGCAGCGAGAGAAAGUACGACUCUACGAAGUUUCAUGAUAGGAUUUUACGUGUUAAUUUUGGUCAUUUGGUGAAGGAUACAUUGUGUGGAGACUAG